UCGUGAGAAAAAAGAAAACAAAGCUCGAUGUUUAUUUUCACAAUAUUGACGACUGGUGUUGUUUUCAAUCGAUUUGGACGGAAAGAUAAAAGCUGAACAGAAUACAGUAUCCAAAUAUCGUGAAUGUAAACUUUCUCCAGCUUUUUGUAGCUUGCUGGCAUAGUAGGACGCACUUCCACGGCCAGUAUUCUUCAACUUUUGAUCGUGGUAACAUCCAGCCAAGAAAAUGUGUCAUUAAAAUGAGUGAACAAAGCAACGACGAUGUGACGGACGUUACGAACGAAAGCGAUCGAUGCGUCGAAAUGUUGAACAAACGGCCACGGUUGCUGUCUUUCCAGGGGCUAAGCUCCCAUUCGCGUGCCCUCGCCGAUAGAGACGUACCCGUGCCGAUGGCCAGCACAUCGUCCAGCUCUCUCGAACACAUCAGCCGUCGUGAACAGCUGGCAAACGAUCUUCGCAGCUGGCAGGAAAGUCAAAUCGCUGCCUGCAUAGAUGACAACAUAUUAAACAUGGUAUUGGAACGGUUUCUGGUGUUCUUCGAGCGACGGAACAAUAGUACCAGCAAUAGCGUCCAGCAACGUCCCCAAGUAAACGAAGACGCGCUGCUAGAAGAUGAAGCAGUUCGAAUGGCAAUAAGCGCACGAGGACUGUUACCUGCCAGUGGGGAUGAAUUGGCUGGACCUUCCUGUAGCCAACCCGUUGUACCAGCUGUUGCGACGGAAAGUAAUCCUGCGGUAGAACCACCCGAACAAAGUUGGCCGGAAGCGAAUCGAGCUGUGCAUGACAAUUACAUCCUUGAGACGGCAGUGGCCGCUGCCAUUCAGGAAAAGGGCUUGAUAACGGGUGGGUCAGAGGGCGAGGAGACCAGCGACAGUGAUGGCAGUGUGCACGGGGAAGAGGAUGGCGCUAGGUAGUGGAAGGCACGGGGAUCGGUCGAAAGAGGAAUUUGUAAAUGAGUAUUCAUAUGUAUGUUUGUACCGUCCUAGGGUUUAUGCUUAAUAUAUUUAGCUCCUCUUCGCAGGCAUAUGGCAAUCGAUUAUAUACCUGACUAAAGUAGUAACAACGAAUAAAUUACCAAUUGAUUAACCUUAA